UAAUAUUACAUCAUCCUUCCUUCUCAGUUUUAAGGCAAGACAGCGACAAGAAAGAACAGGGCAUACUCCUAGGAAAGCCACUUUGAACAUUCGAAGUCAUUUUUUUUCCCCGAUGAACCAAUUCUUCCGUCACGUCGACACCGUCACCGACCCUUACGCAAACUUGCAUGCACGGCCAAUAUCCUACAACCACUUCACGACCAGCACCACCUCCUCCUCCUCCUCCGCUUCUUCCGACUUGGAAGCCUCGAUCGCGGCCGUGGAGAGGAUCCUCAACUACAGUUUUCGAAAUAAAUGCCUCCUCGAAGAAGCCUUGACGCACUCUUCUUACUCCGAUUCGACGUCGUAUCAACGACUCGAGUUCGUCGGCGACGCUGCGCUGGGGCUGGCCCUCACUAACCACGUCUUCUUGGCUUACCCGGAGCUUGACCCUGGGCUGCUUUCGUUGAUCCGGGCAGCGAAUAUAAGUACUGAGAAACUCGCCCGCGUUGCCAUCAACCACCGGCUUUUCCAGUUCGUACGGCACAAUGCCAUUGGUCUCGAGGAUAAGGUUAGGGAGUUUGCUAAGGUGGUUAGUCAAGAAGAUGAUCCAGUGUCAUAUGGUGGAUCCAUGAAAGCACCAAAGGUCCUAGCUGAUAUUGUAGAGUCUGUGGCAGCCGCUGUUUAUGUUGACGUCAAUUUUGAUCUUUCAAAACUGUGGGUGAUCAUUAGAGGUUUAUUGGAGCCUAUAGUGACAUUAGAGGAUUUGCAGCAACAGCCCCAACCCGUGACGGUGUUGUUUGAGUUUUGCCAAAAGCAAGGGAAGCAUGUUGAUAUAAAGCACUGGAAGAAAGGGUUGACAAAUGUUGCUAGUGUUUACGUUGACGGAAGUUUCAUUGCUUCCGGUUCUUCUGAGCAAAAGGACAUUGCAAAGCUUAAUGCAGCAAGGGGAGCCUUGCAUAAGUUGUUGCAAUCCAUGCCUGUUGAUGUUAAUCCUUUUGGAAUCGAAGGGAUUAACGGGUCUUUUGAGAUUGAUGGAGCAAAACAGAAGUUGCACGAGCUCUGUGGCAAGAAAAAGUGGCUCAAGCCUAUUUAUGAACUCGAGAAAGAUGAAGGUCGCCCGCAUGAGAAGAUAUUUGUAUCUUCAGUUAAAAUUCCAACUGUAGAUGGUGCGCUAUAUAUCACAGGGGAUGAAAAGUCCAGAGUUAAAGAAGCAGAGAACUCUGCAGCUUCCUUCAUGAUUCGAGCCCUCCAAGAAUCCGGCUAUCUGUGAUUCUUCCCUCCUCAAUUCACUACAAUCUUUAUCAUAUCUCUAACAACAGGUAAAAUCUUGUUGUAUGUUGUAGCAUCCAACCAUAAAGAAAGAGAUUCAAUCUUCAAAUGUAUCUGCAUCUCUCUAGCUUAAUUUGAAGCUCACCAAGAUGUAGAUGACUGUCAGGAUAAAUGGGUUUAGAAAGCCAACAGUGAUGAUCUCUGCUUGUUUGCUGUGCCUGGAAAUACAUUCCUUUGUACAAUCUCAUGAACAGAAACUUCUUUUGUUCUUGGUUAGAUUGUCCUUGAGGAUUAAGAAUGAUACCAGGUAAUCCUCCAAGGUAGUGAGGGUCAGCUUGAAAUUCAAAUUCUCUCUUCUGAAAUCCCUCAAGGGAUGAUGAUUCUUGUAACAAUACAAUCUUUUCAAGUUCUCAUGCAUGCUUUAUUUAUUAUUGUUAAGAUGUUC